AUGUCUUCAACAAUAAAGAGAGAACUCUUUGGAUCACUUAUGGACGAGAAAGGGUACAUUGACCCUUAUGUCAACGCAAAAGAGAUUGCAAGAAUAGCUUUAGCAAACGAAUAUCAUUGGCAAUAUCCUCUUGGGGAAUUUGUUAGAUAUUGUAUUCAAAACGAUAUUGACCCAGCUCUUGAGAUGAUCAGACUUGAGGAACACUUGGAAAAACCAAAAGAUCACAAACAACACAUGAAAAUAUACUCCAUCAACAAACAGCUAUUGGGACAAUGCAAAUAUCUCAAUAAGAAGUAUAUCAGAGCUAUACAAACAAUUAAAACAAACGACCAACUUACUUUACUUAUUGAUAACAUUCCUCUUGUUAGAAGUAUGGAGAAAGUUGUUCAAUCAAUCCACAAAGAAAUUGGGACAGUUGAGUUGGUUUUUGAAAGCUAUUUUGAAACUCUUUUGUGUUGUCAAGUUGCUCACUAUUACAACCUGAAAACCAAAUUAGAAGUUACAGACAAAAUCACAGUUAAAGUCACUGGUAAAGGGUGUGAAAGUACAAUCAUCACACUUAAUGACAUUCAGAAUGUAUUGCUGUAA